AUGGCAGAGAAGCAGAAGUUGGCGCAGCUGGCGGCGCGGCCCUACAAGGACCAGGCCGUGUGGUUCCUCAACGCCUUCUGGGACCAGCUGCAGGCCAAGGGCGAGGCCGAGAAGCUGUGGAGCUUUGUGCACAAGGCCGCCGAGCUGGACCUGGAGCGCAAGGCCGACGGCACCGAGCUCGACGAGUUCCAGGCCCACCGGUUCCUCGAGCACUUCAAGGAGACCAUGACCGUCCAGGCCAUGCGCGACAAGUUGCGGUCGCUGGGGGCGAUCGAGACGGGCGUGGCCAAGAAGGUGCCACUGAUCCACAUGCUCAUCUUCAAGUAUGGGGUCGACUGGAAGGAGCUGGUCAACGCGCCCCAGGGCAACAAGGAUGACAUCGAAAAGGCCCAGAAGCUCCUCGACGAGGUGACGGCGGCGUUCCAGGCGUCGGAGGCUCGCGACCAGGAGGCCGCCGAGGCCGUGCGCACCGCCACCCGCCAGGAGGCCGACGCCAAGGCCGCCGAGCAGGAGGCCAUCGCCAAGGAGCAGGAGGCGCACGCGCGCGAGGAGGAGCUGCGGGCGGCCAAGCAGGAGCUCGACGCCGCGCUCCACGAGCUCCAGGCCCAGGAGGAGGCCUUCAACGCGCGCACGGCCGAGCUCACGCGGCUCUCCGAGGAGGGCUCCAUCGUGGCCAAGAACCGGGCCAAGAACGAGCUGGCCCAGCACCUGUCGUCGGACCCGCUGCCGCUGCGCAAGGCCAAGAUCACGCAGGAGGCCGCUGUGAAGAAGGCCGAGCGCGCUGCGCAGGCCGCGCGCGAAGCCACCGAGCGCGCGUCGACCGCCCGCGCCGCCGCCCAGGCCGCCCGACGCGAGGCCGAGGCUGGUCGCCAGCGCGCUGAGGAGGCCAAGGCGGCGGCCGAGGCGGCGCUGGAGGAGGCCAAGCAGCGGCUGUCGGCGGCCGAGGCCUACCUGGAGGAGGUCAAGAACACGCUGCCGCUCGGUGGGUCGUGGUGGAUGGAGCGCGAGCUGCACGAGCGGCGGGCCUAUCUGCCGGCCAGCAAGGGCGGUUACAACAAGCGCACCGUGUAA